CGCUAAGGCCCGCAAUCAUUUACCAACCGCCUUAAUGUCGAACGAAGAAGAAACGGAGGCCGCUGGACAUCUUUUCCGACCAGAAACAGAGACGCUGUUGUCGGUUCCCACCGGAAAAAUAAACCUCACGGCACAACGCUGAAGCAGAAAUGACGAGUUUUUGCUUCUAAUGUUCAUAUUUACGAAGCAAUGUCUUUCCAUCAGGAACACGGGGGUCCCAGGGGAGGACCACCUCCGGGACAGCACUGCUCCCCUCAAAACUACCGACCGCCCAACUUGAGGCCGCCUCCUCCACAGCCUCCUGUUCCUUCAUACCACUAUGAUCCACAGGCUCCUCCCAGUUCGUGCUACCAUGGCAGCAGUGGCUACAUGCCGCCACACACUGACUUCAUGCAGUACCGGCCUCCACCACCAUCCCUGGUUCCUGGUUCUCUUAAUCAGUGUCCUGUGCGUCCACCUUUCCCAAAGCCCCCUCUCAGGCCGGGCUUUCCUGAGCCCCCGCCCAGCUUUCCACCUCCACCACUUCCCAGUGCCACAGGUGGUCCAGCUCCAGGGUCCCAAAUGUCACCUCAGAAUGUGUACCCCCCGUACAUGAUGCCCACUGUUCCACCCCCACCAUUACCACACCCAACGAUGCCUCCCCCUGUGGCUUCUCAACCUAUGAGCUAUCACUCUCCUUACCCCAUGAACUAUCCUCAUCCACCUCAUCCUCCCCACCCUCCUUUCCCUCCUCCCACCUUCAACCCAAGCUACACCCAAAGCCCCACCUCAUUUACAGCAGACACCAGCUUCAGGCAUGGAGGGCAGUACAAGUAUGAGAAACCCUUGGACAGCAGGAGGUCUCCAGAAAGACACUACCACCAUGAUGACCACAGGCAGAAGAGCUACAGCUAUGAUCGACAUAAAAUGGAAUAUUCUGGGGAGAGGAAGGAGCGCGGAAGGAGUCCAGACAGACAUGGCAGACCAGAGGGUGGACGGUACCGACCUGAGUAUGUGAGAGGCAGGACACCCAAAAGACAUCGGAGCAGGGAUUCCAGCAGGGAAAGACACCGUCACAGAGAAAGUCGGCGAUCCCAAUCUUCUGACAGGCACAGAAAGAGACCUCGAAGUCGGUCAGCCAGCAGAGAACGGAAACGUUGUCGCUGGGAAGAGAAGGACAAGAGGUCAGAGAGCUCCAAAUCAAGCAGAGAGUGCAGCUACUCUUCGGUCAAAAGCCGAGACUCUGAUGAGACAGUAAGCGAUCGAGACCGAGAGAGGGAACAGGACUGGGAGAAGGAGAAGGUAGACAAAGAGAAAGAGGAAGAAGAGCUGCUGAAACCUGCGUGGAUCAGAUGUACCCAUGCUGAGAACUACUACUCCAAUGAUCCCAUGGACCAAGUGGGAGACUCUACAGUCGUUGGGACUAGUAAACUGAGGGACCUGUACGAGCACUUCCAGGAAGACUUGGGGAAGAGACAGGAGCGAGCCAAGGCUGCUCAACCAAAAUGGGAUCCACCCAAAACCAAACUAGAUGAGGAUCCAGAUGACAGCAGCAGUGACUCAGACUGUGAGUCAGAUGGUGAGAGCACCUGUUCCAGCAGCUCAGACUCUGAGAUUUUUGACGUCAUUGCUGAGAUAAAAGAAAAAAAAGCUCAUCCCAACCGCCUGCACGAGGAGCUGUGGUACAAUGACCCAGGACAGAUGAAUGAUGGUCCGCUUUGUAAGUGCAGUGCCAAGGCCAGACGUACUGGGAUCCGCCACAGCAUCUACCCUGGGGAGGAGCCUGUGAAACAGUGUCGCGUAAUGAACAACAACGCCGGAAAACUCUUUCAUUACAGGAUCACCAUGUCACCGCCCACCAACUUCCUGACCGACAGGCCAACAGUCAUCGAGUACGAUGACCACGAAUACCUGUUUGAAGGCUUCUCCCUUUUCUCUCACACACCUCUGGCAAACAUUCCAUUGUGCCGCGUGAUCCGCUUCAACAUAGAUUACACCAUUCACUUCAUCGAGGAGAUGACACCGGAGACCUACUGUGUCCGAGGUCUGGAGCUGUUUGCCUCCUACUUGUUCCAGGACAUUCUUGAGCUCUACGACUGGAACCUUACAGGUCCAGAGUGUGAUGGUGAGGCCGCUGGAUGCCAGAAGUUCCACUUUAUGCCCCGUUUUGUCCGAUUUUUACCAGAUGGUGGGAAGGAGGUGUUGUCCAUGCAUCAGGUGCUGCUCUACCUGUUGCACAGCAGCAAGCCACUUGUCCCUGAAGAGGAGCUUGCAAACAUGCUACAGUGGGAGGAGCUGGAGUGGCAGAAAUAUGCCGAGGAGUGCAAGGGCAUGAUCGUCACCAAUCCCGGCAUGAAACCGAGCUCUGUUCGUAUUGACCAACUGGACAGGGAGCAGUUCAACCCAGACGUCAUCACUUUUCCCAUCAUCGUUCAUUUUGGGAUCCGGCCGGCUCAGCUUAGCUAUGCUGGAGACCCUCAGUACCAGAAGCUGUGGAAGAGCUACGUGAAGCUGCGCCACCUGCUGGCUAACAGUCCCAAGGUCAAGCAAAUUGACAAGCAGAAGCUAACACAGCGAGAGGAUGCUCUUCAGAAGAUCCGUCAGAAGAACACAAUGCGCCGUGAGGUGACAGUGGAGCUCAGCAGUCAAGGUUUCUGGAAGACUGGCAUCCGUUCUGACGUCUGUCAGCACGCCAUGAUGCUUCCUGUUCUCACCCACCAUAUCCGGUACCACCAGUGUCUGAUGCACUUGGAUAAGCUCAUUGGCUAUGUCUUCAAGGAGCGUUGCCUCCUUCAGCUGGCCAUGACUCAUCCCAGUCACCACCUCAAUUUUGGCAUGAAUCCUGACCAUGCACGCAACUCACUUUCCAACUGCGGCAUCCGCCAACCCAAGUAUGGAGACAGGAAGGUUCAUCACAUGUACAUGAGGAAGAAGGGGAUCAACACUUUGAUUAACAUUAUGUCCCGCCUGGGUCAGGAUGACCCAUCCCCCUCCAGGAUCAAUCACAAUGAGAGACUGGAGUUCCUGGGCGAUGCUGUUGUGGAGUUCCUCACCAGUGUCCACUUGUACUACCUUUUCCCCACUUUAGAGGAGGGCGGCCUCGCCACGUACAGAACAGCUAUUGUACAGAACCAGCACUUAGCCAUGCUUGCCAAGAAACUAGAGUUGGAUCGCUUUAUGCUCUACGCUCAUGGGCCGGAUUUGUGCCGGGAGUCGGAUCUGCGCCACGCAAUGGCCAACUGUUUUGAAGCUCUUAUCGGUGCUGUUUACUUGGAGGGAGGCUUGGAGGAAGCCCGGCAGCUCUUUGGUCGACUACUUUUCAACGGCGAGGAUCUCCGGGAGGUCUGGCUCAACUACCCACCACACCCCCUGCAGGUCCAGGAACCUCAGACAGACAGACAGCUGAUCGAGACGUCUCCAGUCCUUCAGCAACUAACUACCUUUGAGGAGUCCAUCGGCGUGUUAUUCACCCAUGUCCGUCUUCUGGCGCGAGCCUUCACGUUAAGGACUGUGGGCUUCAACCACCUCACUCUAGGCCAUAACCAGAGGAUGGAGUUCCUGGGAGACUCGAUCAUGCAGCUGGUGGCCACAGAGUACCUCUUCAUCCACUUCCCCGACCACCAUGAAGGACAUUUAACACUUCUUCGCAGUUCGCUGGUCAACAACCGCACCCAGGCUAAAGUGGCGUUGGAGUUGGGCAUGCAGGAAUUUGCAAUUACCAAUGACAAAACCAAGCGUCCCAUAGCACUCCGGACCAAGACUCUGGCUGACUUAUUGGAGUCAUUUAUAGCGGCCCUCUACAUUGACAAAGAUCUGGAGUACGUGCACACAUUCAUGAACGUAUGCUUUUUCCCCCGGUUGAAGGAGUUCAUUCUGAACCAAGACUGGAAUGACCCAAAAUCUCAACUGCAGCAGUGCUGUUUGACCCUGAGAACAGAGGGCAAGGAGCCCGAUAUUCCACUGUACAAGACCCUGCAGACGGUGGGGCCGUCCCACGCCCGUACAUACACAGUCGCCGUGUACUUCAAAGGCGAGCGAAUAGGCUGUGGCAAAGGCCCAAGCAUCCAACAGGCGGAAAUGGGAGCUGCGAUGGAUGCAUUGGAAAAAUAUAACUUCCCACAGAUGGCUCAUCAGAAGCGCUUCAUCGAGCGGAAAUACAGGCAGGAGCUGAAGGAGAUGAGACGAGAGCGGGAACGGCAGGAGAAGGAGACCGACGAGGCGGAGGAAUGCAGGAAGUGACAGCACCUGUUUUUCGUCCAAUCAAGAUACGAGGCCGCAUUAAGGAACCUGACUGCCGGGUUUAGCCAAA